AUGGCCAGAGACGUCAGUCCUCUGAGCCUCAUGCCUUUGUCUGCAAGGCACCAGCAAUGGGUUGGAGCCUCUCUGGGCGUCGUCCCCCCCUUCUUUCCCCUACGUUCACUAAUUUUUUACUACUUCCUGUCAUGUGCAGCAGCAGCAGGCAGUUUGCCCGGCAUAGAACAUGACUAUGGAAUUAGCCCCAAAUUUGUUUGCACUCCAAUUCCCCCAGAAGCCGACCCCAGUUGCUAUUCUCCACCCAGUGUGCCCCAUGGACCAAGCAGUAACGGCCACACUAAUGGCCACAAUGGCAGUAACCGGCGAGCAAUGAUGUCCGACGAGGCCAAAGCCACCAUCUUGCACCUGCGUGAGAGCCUUGUGAGGCAAAAGGAGACCAUCCUGGACCAGCGGGAGACCAUCAGGGAGCUGACUGCCAAGCUCACCUUGUGCGAGGGCUUCGGUGGUCACCAUAGUGUUGGUCACCAUGACAACCACCAUGAAAAUCAUCACGACAACCAUCACGAUACCCAUCAUGAUAACAACCAUGAUGAUCACCACGGGCAGCACAGCAGCCACCAUACAUCAUCACACCACGGGCCUUCGACGUAUCACAGCAACGAUCACCACUACUCCCACGGCAGCCACAGGUCAGAUCCCCACCACAGGAAGGGCUCAUCAUACGGAAAACACAGCUCCUUCUCCCCUGAACAGACAGGCAAAACACUGCAGACACUGAAGGAGAGGCUGGAGAACUUGCAGGCCAGGAACUCCUCCAGCUCCUACUCCAGCUCCCUGAGGGAACUCCUCCAGCGGAAGAUCACCGCUCUGGAGGAGCAGCUGCACAGCUACUACAGAGAUCACCAUGACUACGGUCACCAUAACGACCACCAUGAUGAUCACCAUGACGACCACCACGACGACCACCACGAUGACCGCAACCAUCGCAGCAUCCACCAUGAUGACCACCAUGAUGACCAUCAUGAUGAUCACCACGAUGACCACCACGAUGACCACCACGGUCGCCACGAUGAUCACAGUGGCAGCGAUUACCACGAUGAUCACUACGACUAUCACCACGGACCAGGACACUACGAUGACCCCCACGAUGAUCACCAUGAUAAUCACCAUGGCAACGACCACCAUGACGACCACCACGGUAUCGAUCAUCCACCACAGCGGCCGCCUUUCAGCAGCAAAGAGACAAGUCCACGGGGCACGGGGCACAACAAGCUGGAAACAGUGCUCAGCCAAAUUCACCACGGCAACAGUGACCACGGAAACCAGAAGCUAAAGCUAAAGAGUCCCAACGCGUUCCUGCUCGACUUCCCAAUGAGAACCAACUACAUGUACGCCCGGAUGAAGCGGUCAGUGGUCAAUGAGAUCUUUGCCCUGACAAUUUGCCUGUGGCUGAAGGCAGGAGCAGGUCCUGGCCUCGGUACUCCCUUCUCCUACGCCAUACCUGGACAAGCCAAUGAGUUGGUGCUUAUUGAAUGGGGCAGCAACCCCAUGGAGCUGCUGAUCAACGACAAGGCGGUGACAUUGCCCAUAACCAUGACAGAUGGGAAGUGGCAUCACAUGUGCGUGACGUGGUCGACUCGAGAUGGUAGCUGGGAGGCCUACCAGGACGGGGUGAAGAAAGGCUCAGGGCAAAACCUGUCAUCCUGGCACCCCAUCAAACCAGGAGGGACCUUCAUCCUGGGCCAGGAGCAGGACACGAUGGGAGGCCGCUUCGAUGUCACUCAGUCCUUCAUGGGAGAGUUGUCUGAUCUCCAGUUCUGGUCCAGAGUCCUGACUCCCACUGAGAUCUACAGCCAGGCCACCUGCGGAGGCCACCUCAUUGGUGAUGUCAUGUCCUGGUCGGAGGAGUCAGUGGAGCUCCACGGAGGGCUCACCGAGUUCCCAUUUGAGCCCUGCCACUAA